AUGAAGCGCAAGACAGAUCAAAGAGGCUCUCUUGAUGGCAAUGGCCUGCCUGAGUCCAAGAAGCGUGCCCUGUCCAGCGAAGAAGCUGUGGCGCGCUUCCGUGACGGCCUCUUCGACAGUGCGGAACAGCAGAAGUACACCGACAGCUAUGCCAAGUCGGCUCCCUACCUGCACGGAGUUAUCUGCCCCUUGAUUGAACCUUCUUUGCUACGCUCUGUCCGCGAUGAGAUCCAAGAGCACCUGUCCUUCACCGAGAAGGAAACCGACAUCUACAAGAUUUUCCAAUCGGGUGACCUAGCCAACCUGGAUGGCUUGGAUGACUCUUCUCUAUCAAAAUUGCCGGCGGUGUUGAAACUCCGCGACGCCAUGUACUCGGCGCGGUUCCGGGAGUACCUGUCUUCUGUCACCGGGUCCGGGAAAUUGAGUGGACGCAAGACCGACAUGGCCAUCAACGUGUACAAUGAGGGCUGCCAUCUCCUGUGCCAUGACGACGUCAUUGGCAGCCGACGUCUCAGCUACAUCUUGUACCUGACUGAUCCCGAUACGCCCUGGCAAGCCGAGUGGGGUGGAGCUCUGCGCCUGUACCCCACAACGACCGAGAAGGAUGCCAAGGGUGAGGAUGUCAAGAUCCCCAGCCCGGACUACAGUCUCUCCAUUCCGCCCGCCUUUAACCAGCUCAGCUUUUUCACCGUCCAGCCCGGCGAGAGCUUCCACGACGUUGAGGAAGUGUACCACCCCCGCGAGGGCGAGGAUCGAUCGAAGAAGCGCGUACGCAUGGCCAUUAGCGGAUGGUUCCACAUUCCCCAAGAAGGCGAGGACGGUUACGAAGAGGGAUUGGAGGAGAAACUGGCCGAACGAAGCAGUCUCGCCCAGCUCCAGGGCCGUGGCGACAUGUAUGACCUGCCGCAGGCACAGCCAGUGUCAUGGGAGGAGCCAGAGCCGGAGGGCAAGGGCAAAGGCAAGAUGGAAGAACAGACCGAGGGUGCCGAGUUCAACGAGACCGAUCUCAACUUCCUGGUGCAAUACAUCGCCCCGUCGUACUUGACCCCCGACAUUGCCGAGGAGAUGUCCGACGCGUUCUCCAACGAGUCUUCGCUCAGUCUCGAGCGAUUCCUGUCCGACAAGUUUGCCACCCGUGUGCGGUCGUUUAUUGAGGAGCAGGAAAAGCAGGCCCUGGCCGAUUCAUCGGCUGAGAUCCAGGCUCAGACCGGCUGGACAGUCGCUCGACCACCACACAAGCACCGGUACAUGUACCAGCAGUCCUCGGACAAGUCGGACGACCCAAUCCAGGAACUUUUGAAUGUUCUUUUGCCGUCCCAGGCCUUCCGGAAAUGGCUGGGCCACAUCACAGGCGUAGACCAUCUCACGAGUCACAACUUGCUAGCCCGCCGAUUCCGUCGCGGCGCAGACUACACCCUCGCCAGUGGCUAUGACGGCGAAGCACCGCGGUUGGAAUUCACCCUCUGUCUCACCCCGACCCCGGGAUGGGAGAAGCAAGAAGAGGAAGAGGAAGAGGGUGAUGGCGAGAACGGAGAAGCUCAAUCCUCAGACAAGGCGCCGUCCAAGCCCAAGGAUAACGCCAACACUGACUCUGCCGAGGAUCCUGCCGUGGGUGGCUACGAGAUCUACAUGGCCGGCGAUGAUGACGAAGAAGCCGACGCGGACGAAGAGGAUGGGGAGAAUGCGGACCAGGUGCUUCGGCCCAAGAGCAAAAGCUCCAAGGCCGACCCGGCGAUCUACCGGUCCGCCGCAGCUGAUGAAGACGAUGGCAUUCUCUUCAGUACCCAGGCGGGGUGGAACCGGCUGAGCAUCGUGCUGCGGGACAGCGGCACGCUCAAGUUCGUCAAGUAUGUCAGCGCAGCGGCUCAGGGCGAUCGAUGGGAUAUCACGGGUGAUAUCGGGGUGGAGUUUGAAGAUGAUGAUGAGGAUGACGAAGAUGACGAAGAUGAGAAUGAGGGCGAGGACGAGGAUGACGAAUAG